UGGACCUUUGCACUGUAAACAGCUCUGUGAGGGAGCUGCUGCUGUAAGGAUUUCCUCUCAUUGGCCUGCUCUAAAUACCGUCGAUCCCUGCCAAAGUACAAAGGGCGUCAGAGCUGGAUACAUGAUCAUUUCCAGUUUCUGUUUCAAUACCGUGUUCAGAUUCUUCAGGCAGCUCAGAAUAGCUCUGUCACAGACCCUUGGAAGCUCAACUGCUGGCAGCUUUUGGCUAUGGAUAUGUGAUCCAUGAUAGGCAAUCUUGCAGGGGCAGUAAAUUGGUGCUGUGUCUAGGAUAGAGUGCAGAAUAGACACUUUGCUGUGCAGGGCAGAGUAAGCAGCCAGGUGCCCAUCAGCUCUUCUGCACUUGUGUUGUCUCCCGACUCACCUGUUUGCUCCUGAAAAUGGAGUAUGUCUGGUGUUGGCUCAACGAUUCCAAGCAGUGGAUUGAGUAUGGGAAAGAGCACCCAGGUCAUGUCACUGCCACUGUAACAUCUGCAUUUCUGGAGAAUGAAUAUCAAGCUGACAAGAAUGGUGUUAUUAUUUUCAGGGCUGGUUCUCAGCAGUAUAAGUUAGACUUUGCAGACAUGGUCCAAACAAAUGUGCUCUUUAAAACUCAAAGAAGUGUUAUUCGACUGCCUAAGCAGUCUGAAGAUGGACAAGAUGGAAGCCAAAACAUGACUCUGUCGCAUCCUGUCUAUCCUCCACAGUGGGACCAAACUGCACUACCUGAUAUCGGGUACAAGUUGAUACAGCUCAGCAGUGAUUCCCAAGAAUAUAGAAAAAUCAAGAGUCUGUUUCAGAAGACAAUGAAAAAUUACUGCAUCAACCAACUGCAGAGGAUUCAGAAUCCAACACUUUGGGACAUUUUUCGGUGGCAAAAAGAAAAGAUGAAGAAGCUCCAUCAACUGAAAGGGGUGAAUGAGAGGCUCCUGUUCCAUGGCACGAGUCCAUCCCAUGUGUCUGCCAUUUGUGAGCAGAACUUUGACUGGAGACUCUGUGGAACUCAUGGGACAAUGUAUGGAAAAGGAAGCUACUUUGCCAGAGAUGCGAGCUAUUCCCAUGAGUAUUGUUCCCCUCUCGGCGGGCGCUACAACAUGUUCGUAGCUCAGGUUCUCGUUGGGGACUUCGUGCGGGGGAACCCUGAGUACUGCCGCCCUCCACCCAGGGACGAAAAUUCAAACAGACUUUAUGACAGCUGCGUGGAUGACUUGACAGACCCUUCCAUCUUUGUCAUCUUUGAGAAGCAACAAAUUUACCCUGCCUAUAUCUUGGAGUACAGCCUUGAGACCAGCUGUGUGGUCCUGUAAUGAAUGGUGGAAUGUCUUUUGAAUUCACACUGAAUAACUUACUCUUCGGUACAAUUUUUAAAAAAUGUUUGUUCAGUUUUAGUUGUAGCUUUAGAACACUUUGUAAUGCAGUGAACCAGUAUCAAUCCCCUGAUUGUUUUGGGGGCAUAGUUUUUUUGUUAGGAGCUAUUCUUUCCCCAGAAGCAGUGCCAAGCUUUAGCAUUCACCCUGUCUCUAGCCUGGAAUGGGGAUGUACCUGCCUUGCACAGCAUAAUGCAGUGACACCUGCUGAUUUAAAAUGACCUUGAUCCACUGAUAUGGUCACCUUGGGUUGAUUCCUGCCUGUGAUGGUGCUGAUAUGCCAAAGGGAGACUAGGCAGCGAAUGUGGAAGAAGGAAAGUGAAAGUACCUACACCAUGGUGCUCAAGAGACAAAUCAUGACCUACCUUUGAAGAAAGGGAAGAAAGGGAAGAAGCUCCUGCAUGCUGAAGUCUUUGUGAUUAAUGUGGGCAAAGAACUUAGCCUUGUUUCCUGGUCACAUUGCUGACAUUUCUUCUUACCUUGU